GUGUCUAUUUUGAGCUGAAAGAGGGUGUUUAAUAUGGGAUUUCAGAAGAAAGAAUGAAAAACGUGGGCCUCCUGCACUAUUAAAUAACCAAUGCCACGCCCUCACUUGAACAAAAACCCAUGUUUAGAGUUAAGGCAAAGACAAUACUGUACAUCGCCUGCAAAGACAAUACUGUACGCUGUGAAUCUACAAUUCACCCAGAAGCAUAGGAGCUCGACGUUGUGCUCAACAAUGUACUUGGUUUCUAUCCUUUUUGCCAGUUUGGCCAUCACACCGCUAAUUCUUAAAACGUUCUUCCCUUACUUCUGGAAAGAUACAUUUUACAUCGCGAACUUGGUUCGUAUUUUGCUGAAGCUUGUUUUACGGAGGAGAAGAAAACCGUUAUUUUUGGUUUUGGACCGAUUUUUGGAGCAGUCGGUCGCGCAUGCCGACAGACCGUUCAUCGUGUUUGAAAAUAAAACCUAUUCGUAUCUGGACACGGACAGAAGAAGCAACAAAAUAGCCAAUGCUUUACAGAGGCACUCGAAGCUGCGACCGGGGGAUACCGUGGCUCUUUUUAUGGGAAACGAACCUGCCUUCAUCUUCACCUGGCUGGCCCUGGCCAAACUGGGAUGUCCCGUAGCGUUUCUCAACCAUAAUAUCAGAUCUAGAUCCCUGCUGCACUGCUUCAACUGUUGCAGCGCCAAGCUGCUCAUUGCAGCCGAAGAGCUGCAGGAAGCGGUGGAGGAGGUGCUUCCAUCCCUGAGGGAGCAGGGUGUGUGUGUCUACCUGAUGACUAAACAGUGUGACACACCUGGCGUGGUGGGGUUCUCUGACCAGGUGGACGAAGCAUCGGACACACCUCUCCCUCAGGCCCUCCGCUCAGACAUCACCUUCAAAAGCCCUGCUGUCUACAUCUACACCUCUGGGACCACAGGUCUGCCUAAAGCAGCAGUGAUUACUCAGAACCGGCUGCUGGUAGCCCUCGCCGUGCUGGACUCCACCGGUAUCACACCAGCUGAUGUCAUCUACCUCAACCUGCCCCUCUACCACACCGCAGGCUUCGUCAUCGGCUUCAUAGGAUCAAUAGAGACAGGCUCCACCAUCAUUCUGAGGAGGAAGUUCUCAGCCUCUCAGUUCUGGGAUGAUUGCAGGAAGUACAACGUUACGGUGAUCCAGUACAUAGGAGAGAUGUUACGCUACCUCUGUAACACACCCAAGGUAAGCAACCUCAGCUGGAAGCUUUAUACAAG